AUGAAUACUGAAACAAAACAUCCGCCCCCAUCAGCGGCAACAGCCGAUGAAGCUAUCAGUUUAAUGGAAGACAAUAUUCCCUUACCUCUGACAAAUCGACAAUACGAAGACAACGAAAAACGCAAAUCACAAGUCAUGAUUACGCACAAAGCUGUGAUUCAACAUCGUCUAAUGCGAUUGUGUGCGUUGCUCUUAGCUCUUGGAACACUUGUUAUUAUAUGGAGAUUUGUUUCGAUACUAAUUCUUGCUACUUGGUUAUCGUCAAUCUGUAGACCUUUGUUGGAAUGGCUUGUCAAUCACUUACCGCUGAUGAAUCGGUGUCGAGAAAAGCGUUCUCGUUCGGGAAUUGCAGCGUUUCUUCUUGUCUUUCUCGUUCUUGUUGUGAUAAUACCAAUUGUUUUAAUUAUCAUAGCUUUAACAGGUUCAACCCUGAAUUUUGUCGCAAGUCUUUCAAAUUCAACGACGGCACGCAAUGCAAUUAAUCUUCUUGUGCCUCCAUCAACUGAUAACGGAACCGGUUCAUCAAUGAAUUCGAGUAGUCAAAGUUUCAUGGACUUUAUCAAAGGCGAAAAAAAUACAACCUUUAAUCUAUUCGAACGUUUUGUUAUUCAACGAGAUUCCAUUACAGAUGUCGUGCAAUUAUUCGGUGGUAAAGCUCUGUCAGUUUUAUCUACGGUAGCUGGAGCGACGGCACAAUUUAUUGUUGGAAUAUUAAUCUUUUUGGUAUCGACAUAUACAUUUUUAUUGCAUGGCCCUGAACUUUGGAAUUGGGCAAUCGACCAUAGUCCACUAUCGGCGAAACAUAUGCUACGUCUUGAAACUGCUUUUCAAGAAACAGGUCGUGGUUUACUCAUCGGCGUUGGUCUCACGUGUGCUGUACAAGGCCUUGUCGCAGCUAUUGCUUAUCUAUGCUUACAAAUUCCGCGCUGGUAUGCUCUCGGUGUUUUAACUGGUUUAUGUUCAUUAGUUCCAAUUCUUGGCACAGCCAUUGUUUGGGUACCGAUUACGAUCGGUCUUUUUAUUCAACAAGCACAUAUUAAAGCUGUUAUUAUGAUUGCUGUUGGAAUUCUAGCGAUUGGUUCAGUUGAUAAUCUCCUUCGACCAGUUUUCUCGAAAUUAGGUUCAUUACAGAUGUCAACUUUAUUAUUGCUAUUGACAAUUUUUGGUGGAUUAGAAUUGCUUGGUGCAUGGGGCGCUCUCUUAGGUCCGUUAAUUGUUCGAUUAGCAACGGAAGCUAUUCGUCUUGUUCGCGAAGAUGAAGACGAGGAAGAACAAUAUUAUCAACAACAACAACAACCCCAGCCGUAUUCGGUAUCUUAA